AUGGAGGCGCCCUGGGGGAUCAGCAACGCCGAGCGGAGCUGGUACGUCUCGGCCCAGCAGUCCGAAGCGGCGGAGGCGGAAGAGUUGAGCCCGUUGCUAAGCAACGAACUUUACAGACAGGGAUCCCCAGGUGUUUCAUUUGGUUUUUCUGUGUUUAAUUUGACAAAUGCCAUCAUGGGAAGUGGCAUCCUUGGUUUAGCUUAUGUUAUGGCUCAUACCGGCAUCCUUGGAUUUAGUUUCUUGCUGCUGAUAGUUGCUUUCCUGGCUUCUUACUCAGUUCACCUCCUGCUAAGUAUGUGUAUUCAGACAGCUGUGACAUCUUAUGAAGAUCUUGGACUCUUUGCAUUUGGAUUACCUGGAAAGAUGGUGGUAGCAGGCACCAUCAUAAUUCAGAAUAUUGGAGCUAUGUCAUCAUAUCUUGUAAUUAUUAAAACAGAGCUUCCUGCUGCUAUUUCAGAAUUUUUGUCAGGAGGCCAUACUGGGUCUUGGUAUCUUGAUGGACAAAUACUACUAAUAAUCAUUUGUGUUGGCAUUGUGUUCCCUCUUGCACUUCUUCCUAAAAUAGGCUUUCUUGGCUACACAAGUAGUUUAUCAUUUUUCUUUAUGGUGUUCUUUGCUGUUGUGGUAAUAAUUAAAAAAUGGUCCAUCCCUUGUCCUCUGCCAUUAAAUUAUAUAGAACAAUCUUUCCAGAUUUCAAAUGCUACAGAUGAUUGUAAACCAAAGCUCUUUCAUUUCUCCAAAGAGAGUGCUUAUGCCAUACCUACCAUGGCUUUUUCAUUUCUCUGCCAUACCUCAGUAUUGCCCAUAUACUGUGAACUUCAAAGCCCUUCAAAGAAAAGAAUGCAAAAUGCAACCAAUACAGCAAUUGCUUUAAGUUUUCUCAUUUAUUUUAUAUCUGCACUCUUUGGGUACCUCACGUUUUAUGGCAAAGUGGCAUCAGAAUUACUGCAAGGUUAUAGCAAGUACUUGCCACAUGAUGUUGUUGUCAUGGCUGUGAAGCUAUGCAUACUAUUUGCUGUGCUUUUGACAGUCCCUCUAAUCCACUUCCCUGCAAGAAGAGCUUUAAUGAUGAUGUUUUUCUCCAAUUUUCCAUUCUCAUGGACUCGCCAUUCUUUGAUCACUCUAGCACUCAAUGUUACCAUUGUUUUACUUGCAAUAUAUGUUCCUGACAUUAGGAAUAUAUUUGGUGUGGUUGGUUCCAGUACAUCAACGUGUUUGAUUUUUAUAUUCCCAGGACUAUUUUAUCUUAAACUUAGCAGAGAGGAUUUUCUCUCGUGGAAAAAACUUGGGAAGGUGAGACCUUAUGAGAAUGGGUUGGCAGGAGAAGAGGAAGUUGAAGAAAUAUUUAAAGUACUCUUUGUAAAAGAGAACGUGGAUUUGGGAGUUGAGAAGCAGAAGGAAAGAGGCAGCCGGUGCUAAGCCAGUGGUGGGAGUCUGGAGCCUGUGAGUAAAAGUGGCUGAAGGGUGUUUUAAGAACAGAAACGUCUAAUAUUCGGUUUUAACUUGCCUGCCUCUGUCUCCUGAAACCAAUAAAAGCUAUACACAGAAA